AUGGUACAUUUGUCGAAUGAUAUUCUAGAAGAGGUUCUCUGUCGAUUACCUAUUAAGUGUCUGAUCCGUUUUAGAUGUGUAUCUAAAUCUUGGCUUGCUUUAAUCAGUAGCCCCUAUUUCGUCAAAUUACAUUUUAACCGAUCAGUCCAAACCAAGAGAAACCUUAGGCUCUUCAAAAGUAAUCUUUUUCAGGUGGAUUUUGAUUCCCUCCAUGACGACGAUGUUCUUCAAGAGGUGAAGUUUCGGAAUUAUGGAUUUGUACCUAAAUCUUCAUGUGAUGGUUUGCUUUGUAUGUCAAAUACCCGUGACACUCAACGUGUUCUUGUGUGGAAUCCUUCAACCAGAAGGAAUCCUUCAAAAAGAUGGCCGAAUACUAUAGCCGAAAAGAAUUAUCCGACAACCUGUUUAGGUGAUGACUUUCUUAGCAUGCCAAAUGUCCAUGCAAUUGACAAUGUCUUUUUAUGGAAUCCAUCAACCAGAAAGGCUUUAAAACUUCCUUACGCAUCAAUUGAAAUAGAAAAACAGAUUGGUCUUUUCAAUGCCUAUGUUUAUUGUGUUUAUCGAAUUGGUUACGAUAACACCAAUGACGAUUACAAGGUGGUGAGAAUUGUGAUACUUAGUGAGCCUAGGUCGUUCUCCGAGUAUGAGAUUAUGGUUUAUAGUUUGAGAUCAAAUUCCUGGCAUAGGCUAGAGAAGUUUCCUCACUGUCCGAAUUGGAGUAACUUCGGAGAUUGCAUUGUUGGUGGAGCUCUACAUUUUAUGUCAAUUGUGAAAUCAGAUUUAAAAAGUGAAAACUCGAUUGUUGCAUUUGAUCUUGGGACAGAGAAAUGCAGAGUACUUCCACAGCCAGAGUACAAUGGUACUCCAUCCAAAUUAUGUUUGGAUAAUUUGGGAGGAUGUCUUUCGCUAAGUUGUGUGUACGAAUCAUCAAUUGUGGAUGUGUUUUUGCUGAAGGAAUAUGGCGGAAUGAAAGAACAUUGGUCGAGAUUAAUUACAUUGUCACGAACAAGUACUUUUAAGAUUUUUCACCCUUUGAAACCUAUUGCUUAUUCCAAGUGCGGUAAGAAAGUAUGGUUGAAUAUGGAUGAUAAGAGGCUUGUUUUGUAUAAUUUGGAACAAAAGUCAGUUGAGGAGAUUAAGGAUCGUGAUAGAAGCUCAACUAGCCUCCUAUACAAAUAUUGUCUUGAAAGUCUCGUCACUGUCGAUGUUCCAGGAACCACGAAGAUCAUAUUUGGAAACUGGAUCCAUAAAGAGAAGAUUUUCAAAUAUGCUUAUUGUUGUGCUAUACAAGCCACUUAA